GCUCGGCACCAAAAUGACGUUUCUGACCAAGACAUUGGUUGUGUGCCUGUCGCUGAUAUGCAUAUCGCAGGCGCUAAGCCACUAUCACCCUGGCGUGGGCAUGGGCAUGGGCAUGGGACAGCCAGGCAUGGGCAUGGGACAGCCAGGCAUGGGCAUGGGACAGCUAGGCAUGGGCAUGGGACAGCCAGGCAUGGGCAUGGGCUGGAUGGGAAUUCCGUACCCGUACGGCAUGUUCAGCGAAGACGCUGAAGGGAGUCCCUCAGCGUCACCUCAAGGGGGCGCUAUGGAGGAAGUCUACCAGCCGGAAGGUGCGGAGGUCCACGAUCCUCAAAUACCGCAGCGUCGUCUCGAAGAAGAUAAAAAUCCAGAGACCGAGGGUUGAACGACGUUUCUUCUGAAACUACAAUUGCAGUAAUAAAAUUCACAGUGCCUACUUGUU